UCUUCCCAGCUAGGAAAGAGGAGGAAGAAAUGGCGCCAUCGCCAUCGCCGAUCGCCACAUUCGUCCCGGUCGCCCCCGAUUCCCACUUCUCGAUCCAUAAUCUGCCGUAUGGGGUGUUUAGCUCGCGAUCGGAUGCCACGCCGAGGCCCGGAGUCGCGAUUGGCGAGCAGGUGCUGGAUCUGAGAGCUAUCGCGGCGGCGGGAUUGUUCACGGGGCCAUUGCUGCGCGAUUCGGAUUGCUUCCACCAGACUUCCCUCAAUCGCUUUAUGGCUAUGGGACGAGCGGCCUGGAAAGAAACACGGGGCACCGUCCAAAAGCUCUUAUCCGCGGACGAGCCAGCUCUCCGAGACAACACCGAUCUACGGAAGAAGGCAUUCUUUCCAUUGAACGAAGUGAAGAUGGAGUUGCCAGCGGUAAUUGGUGACUACACAGACUUUUUCUCCUCGAAGCAUCACGCCCUCAAUUGCGGCAAAAUAUUCCGGGGCGUGGAUGCUCUUCAGGACAACUGGCUACAUGUACCAAUUGCGUAUCACGGACGUUCUUCGUCGAUAGUGACCUCUGGCCACCCAAUCACUAGACCCUGUGGCCAGGUAGCUCCAGCAGCUGGAUCGUCCUCUCCGGCAUUUAAGCCUUCUAGUCUUCUCGACUUUGAGCUCGAAAUGGCCAUGUUUGUUGGCCCAGGAAACGAACUAGGAACGCAAAUUCCUGUGGAAUCCGCCUACGAUCACAUUUUUGGCCUGGUUUUGAUGAACGACUGGAGUGCUAGAGAUAUACAAAGGUGGGAGGCGAUACCUCUUGGCCCGUUUCUGGGGAAAAGCUUUGGUACUUCCAUAAAUUUCUGGUUCUGUCUUUACGUAACAAAGCUCUUUCCAGCCACAACCAUAUCUCCAUGGAUUGUAACUUUGGAAGCUUUGGAGCCGUUUAUCUGCAACCCACCUGCACAGGAUCCUCCACCAUUGCCAUAUCUGAAAGAGCCUCAGGGAAAAAGCUAUGACAUUGCACUCGAGGUUACCAUAAAACCGGACGGGGACCCGAAAGGAUCAACCAUCUGCCGAAGCAACUUCAAGCAUCUGUACUGGACGCUGGGGCAGCAACUUGCUCACCACACUGUCAAUGGUUGCAACCUCCGACCGGGCGAUCUCCUCGCGUCAGGAACUAUAAGUGGUCCGGAACAAGGAAGCCUCGGUUGUCUCCUGGAACAGUCGUGGGGCGGCCGCGAACAAGUGGCGCUGGAGAAUGGUGGCAGCCGAAAGUUUCUGGAAGACGGGGAUGAAGUGGUAAUAAGCGGCCACUGCAAGGGCGAUGGAUAUCUAGUUGGUUUUGGGACGUGUAGCGGCAAGUUAGAACCCCCAAGAUGCUCGUGUUAGAACACGACUUAUUAAGGGCAAAGAGCAUUUAGUUAGCGGUGAGUUUUUCCUCUUUCUCUUCCACUAAGCUUUCUGGGCUUUGCCCAAGCGACAAGAAGAUCCAGAAGAACAAUGAGCAGGGCCAGGGUGUAUGCCAGGAAGCCACUCGUCGAGGACGAGGUCGAAGAUGAGAUUGCCAGGGUGAAGCUGGAGCUAGUGCGCAUGAAGCGAGAGGUGCUCGCUCGCCAGGAGAGAGCGGAGCGGUACAAGCGGGAGAUCAAGGAGAUGGAAGCGAGGAGGAGCGGCGAGAAGGUGGAGGAGCUGCGGCGCGAGAGGGAGAAGCUCCUGGCCGAGAGAGCGGCGCUGGCGGACAGGCUUCGCGAGGCGAUGGCGACCCAAGAGGGGAAGAUCGCCGGGGUGGAGUUCGAGCAGCACCGCGAGCUGUUCACGGCAAUGUACAUGGCAGUGGACAAGACGAAGAGAGAAUACGAGCGGCUGCGCAAGAGCAAAGCUGGGAACUAGAGCCGGUUGAUUGCUACAAAAACUUCCAUCCAAGCUUCUCGUUCUUCUUGGAAGGAAGUCUGUGUGGAUCGAUCAAUCAAUAGAUAGAUACUUACUGCUACUCUGACUAUCCGGCCUUAGCCUCUACGAACUCCAUAGCUUUCGUUUUUACGUGCUCGAUCCGGGUCUCGUCGCCUUGGCCUUUCUCGAAGUCUAGAUACUUUUUGAAGAGGAACUGGAAGCCAAGGUGUGAGCUAGAGAGAAUGAAAAGCUGUUUUCUA